AUGUCGCUCGCAAAGCUAACACUACGGCCGCCUCCGAAUAUCGACUUCGUCCAAGGCUACCCCGGCAUCCCACCUGGCGGCGCUGACCGCAAUCGAGGUGCGCGUGGUGGCCAGGGAGUCAAGGCCAAGUGGGUUCGCAUCGAGCUCAAGAAAGUUGAGGUACUGCCCGGCGGGGGCACAUUCUAUGACUAUGUCGGCCAGAGCCCUAUCAACGUAUGGCAAGCCAGCGAGGAGUAUGGCAUGUUGCAUACGCAAGACUUUCCUUUCUACAUCCGGAUACCUGAAUCGAUACCCCCCAGCAUUGCGCUUGAAAAAGGCGCCGGCAUCAGGUACGAACUCAUUGCAGCAGUCUGUUUGAAGGGCAAGAGAGGCCUGCUACGACGCGACAAGCCGACGAUCACCACAGCUUCGUCGACGAUCAUUAUCGACAAGCAUGAACUGCACUCGACUUGGCCUAUCUACCAGCAGCCAGAGACGCGUAGCCACGUACAAGGCGACGUGACCCUCAUUGUGGAGCGCGGUCGUACGUGUUUCGGGCCCGGCGACCGCAUCGCGGUCAGUGCGACCGUGAAAGCGGACAACAUGCACAAGGAUACCCUCCGGGGCUUCGAACUCACCCUCCGCGAGACGACUGUCUACCGCGGAGGCCCACAUACCACCGGGAAGAAGGGAGCACCAGUGAUCAAGGUGGUGCACAUCGCCGAGCAGAGGGUGCCGCUGAACGCCGCGCUCUUCGGCGGGAUGCAGCACAAAGCAGACCUCUUCGUCACAGUCCCGGCUCAGCACACUUCCACGACACUCAAUACUGCUAGACAUAUCGAUAUCACCUACCACCUUGUCGUGAAGGCUCUUAUGGCUACCACCCAGCACGUCUCCUUUGACCUUCCGGUACUCGUAUCGAAUUGGCCAAGGGCUGUAUCGAUUGAGGCAAUGAGGCGCAUCGGCCUGGCGCCCAAUGUUUCCACGCCCGGCCGCCCCGCUCCCGCGGCUAGUGCAGUCACGUCGUCAUCCGCGUCCUCUGUGCCUCUCAUCGGCCAGCCGAUCAUAAAGAACCAGGCGCGGCCGUCCACUGCCCAGAGCACAGACUCUCAAGUGGACGUCGUGAUCAGUCGUCCGUCCGUUGGGCAGUAUAACACGGCGCCGGCGGAGCGGUCCAACGGCAACGCAGUGGCAGGCAAGCCCGACGAGUUCGGUGUCACCGCCAAGGCUGUGGCUAAAGACCAGGAGUCGAAUGUCAACUCACCGGAGCGCUCCCAAAGCUAUGGUGCACAGACAAUAGGCGGCACACCGGGCCUGGGCGGUUCGGGCUCAGGUUCAGGACUUGGCCGUAUCGCGCCUUACGCGAGCGAGACCACUGCCUUUGCGCGUCCGCGAGCAGGAAGUGCGAAGGCGGGUAGUCAGCGGUUUACUGUGACGAACUUGAACGAGGCUGAGCUCGCGGAGCAUAGGGCGGCGGAGAGGGCCAGCGCUAGUCGCGCGCAGGGCAGCACCGCCGCCGCUGAGCGCCCUUCGACUGCAUCAAGCCAGAAUACCACACGUUCGCGCUGGCUGACCGCCGAGGAGGAGAAACGACGGCUGUACGAGAGGGCUGUUGCGAAUGUCGAGAGAGUGCAGGGCGUGCCCGUGCCUCGGCCUCUCAGUCCCGUCGGGUCUGUGCAAGAUUCUGUUGCUCCCUCGACGCCCGCACCCGACACGGUGAGCUUGCCAGUCCCCAAUCCUGCAACGCAGACCCCUGCGCCCAAGCCCAAGGCCAAACGAUGGCUGACAGCUGAAGAAGAGAAGGCCAGGCUUUUCGAGAACGCACAGGCAGCUGUGGCUCGUGCUCAGGGUCUUGACGGCUCUGUCACGAGCUCCCCGCCAGCAUCUAUUCACAACAGGAGCGAGUCGGUCGCCUCAAACUCACCAAUGUCAUCGCCGUCAAUGAGAGCCCAAAUCGAACCCACAGCCGGCCCCGCGCCUCACACUCCGCCGCCUGCUCAAGGCAGUUCGGGAGGUUAUCAUGCCUCCCCGCCCUCCUCCGUCCGCGGCCGCAUGCCUACGUAUAUGUCUGCGGAAGAGGAAAAAAUUGCCAUGCGUCGGUUCUACGAAGCCAAAGCAGCCGUUGAUCGCACGCAGGAAACCGCAUUCGGUGUAUCACCCUCAACGCCUGCUGCACCGUUGCCCUAUGACGCUCUUUACCCUUCCCAACCAACAUCCCCGCCGACAGUCGGUGAUUCAUCCCCUCCUUCUGCUCCAUCUUCUUCACAGCCUGCCUAUUUAUCCGAGAAAGAGCGACUGCGACGCGACUACGAAGCUCGAGACGCGGCGGCGAUGGCUUCGCCGCCUGCACCCCCACCGCAUGCUCUGCCUCCCAUGAGCGCCGUAGGGUCACCAGCCUACCAGCCCGUAGCACCCGUGACAGCCACGCCCCUGUCGAUUCCAGCAGCCUCCUCAGCGAUGUCGAGUGCUGCUGCUGAGAAGGAAAUGCUGCGGCGUAGGUUUGAGGCUCAGGAUGCGGCGCUCGCGUCUAACGGCGCACCCACACCACCACCACGUUCUGGUUCAUUCAGUGCCGGUGCUGGUUCACGGGCUAUGCCCACACCACCCCGGCCUCAUGCAGUACCGCCUGUUAGUGGUUCGGGCUCUCGUCCGCUGACCGCGGCCGAGGAGAAGGCCCGAUUGAAGGCGAUGUACGAAGUCGAGGACCCUGUGACGAAGCCGCCGAAUGGCGUGGCCUUACCUCCUGUUCCCUCUGCGACCCCUCCUCUGGUCAACGGCGCGGGACGGUAUGCAGCACCAGUCACUCCGCCGCCGCCGCCGCCUCUGGCCCCGAAGCCACCCAAGGAAUACAUACAGGAAACCCAAGAGGAAGAUAUGCGCACGCAUGCUCGGUUGCAAGCUAUCGACAAAGAGAUCUCCGGGGGCGCACCUCUGAAAGCGGAAGUCAUUCUGUCUUCCUUCAGCGCUGACCUGGUCGACGCUAAUGGCAACCCGAUACCAUCCCCCGGUCCGCCCCCACCGCUGGCUCAGCCCACAAACUCGCCUGUCACAAUCGAGUAA